UGCAUUAAUUCUAUUAAAUAAUCUUGUCUGCUCCUUAGUGUUAAGCAGAUAAACAAAGUGAUUACUUAAGAUGAGCAAACUUCUGGUCCCAGGGUGAGAGGCUCUGGUGUUUCUUGAUGGGGAGGGGGGCUCUAUUGAUAAUAUAAUGAAUCUGUAGUAAAAAUGCAUUAUUUCUUUAAAAAUCUUCUUUGCACCUGGGCAUAUCAGAGGCAAAAAGAGUAAAAGUUUUAAUAAGGAAGGGUAUUUUUACCAGAUUUUUGAACAUCUGGACCAUUUGGUCAAGUGUUCUGGUCCCGGCUAGGGCUCUGUUAAUUUGUAAUCUACUGAGAGGAGUUAUUCCCCUUUGGCAUUUACUUUUGAUAAUUAAUCCCUGUAAAUAAUGUACUUGAAAGGUUAAUAGAAUAAGAGAAUUAUGCAAGAAUUUUUAUUGUAUAAUACAAAAAGUACUUUCCUAGUUUUAAUGAUCAAGUAGACUUGUAAAUAAUAGAUAAAUAAAAAUGAGACAAAAAUAACUUGUCUUAUUAAAUGUUCAUCAAAGACCAAGAGAGGCCAAUGUAAAAGAUUUCAACAAGGAAUUAAGAUAGUACAGAAGCACUGAUAGUUUGUUAAUUUACUGUAUGGUGAUAGUGUUAAAUGGGGAACAUAUUAGAACCUAAUUUAUGAACUGUAAAUGAAUGGUAGACUAAUUACAUUUUUGAUCCUGAUCACUCUGUUUUUCUUGCUUUUGGCAACAAAGCUUCACCUUUCAGUUCAUUUUAUACUCUAUGGAUUCUCUAAAUUGUUGUGUUGUACUCAGGUGACCGUUAAGGCCCUUGGGCCUCUUGUUAAUUUUAAAAUUGCAGAUGAUAAUGGACAGAUUUUACAACAGUGGAAGUGCAAGGGAACCUGGAACUUUAUAUCACUUAAAGAGUGUGAUUAACAGAAGGAAUGUCAGUAGUACUGUGACGAAAGACUAUCAUGCUGACAGUGCUUUUAUAGACUUAGUUGGAGAAAGUCACAUCAUUUCCCUUGCCUUAACACAUUUUGGAAUGGCAGAUCUUAAUGCACCGUGUAAAGUUUUCCCACAUGGUAUUCAUCUAGCAGACAUUGAUCAUAAGAAGAGGAUUCUUCGAAACCUUGUUGGCGAGCUAGUUGACAGCCAUAUAAUGAACAUACUAUCUCAGACCCUGAAUAGAGAACAACUUUGUGAAGAUGAAAAUAAUGACAGAAUUUAUAACUAUGCAACAAAUUUUUUGAAAUUCUGGCUUCUACGAAAAAUAAGCAUAGUGGCCACAAGAAGUGGAGAUGGGAUGCGCAUUUUACGUCACUGGAAAUAUGCUAUGCUGCUCUAUCAUAUUGCGCAUAAGACAAAGUACAGACUGGAAGCCUUCCUGCUAAUUGCCUGCACCAUUGCUCUCUUCACUCCAAGACAACAACAUCAAGUUAUAUGGAACAGAUUUGUCAAUUUAAGUGGUGGAAGGGGAAAAAAUUUAGAUGGGGAUUAUGUAAUGGAACUUUUAAAUAAAUAUGCCAAGGCAAGAGUAAAACUAAUAGGACCAAACCAUUCCCAUGAAACCGUACUAAGAAUAGGCAAAACCAUGAUGUUUUGCCAUGACAUUUCUAGAAACCUGGAAUGUCAGGUGGGAGCUGCUCCUAUAUCUAGGGAUCACAAAGCCCAGGAUACCACCGGAGACCUGACAAAACUUGUAAGAGAAUUACAAAGAGCGAAUGUUUUUACCUGUAUACCUGGAAGGGCCCACAAUUCAUUUCAAAAUGAACCAUCUGAUAUUUUUACACAAUUUAAUGUUAUUGAAUUCCACAAGUGGAUGAAUGCAAAGAAGAAGCAAUAUGCUGGAAAUAAACAAGCCUUUUAAAUACAUGUCAUGUACAGUGCGCACUGGAGGCUCCUCAACCAUAUCCACAGCCUUUACGAGGGAUUCCUCAUCUAAGUCCAGAACUGCAGCAGUGUCAGAAGGACAAUUACGACAUUCACAGUUGUGCUUGCAGUUAUCACAGCACAAACACAGGCUGGAAACAUUUGUGAUUGUGGUAUCUUCUGGUGUAAAAUGUUCCAGUAAAAAUUGACGUCUACAUGAUUUUAACAGACAAAAUUCUCUCGUGUGACUAUCGGUUGCAACAGUACUUAUAUCAGCUGGGUGAUAGUAUAUAACAGACACGGAUCGAUUUCCAUCCCUUCCAGCACGUCCACUUUGUUGCAUGUAUCCUUGAAUACUGUGAGGAGCCCCCCAGUGGACAAUAACACGUACGUCGGGUACAUUCACCCCCAUACCAAAUGCAGUUGUUGCUAUAACAACUCGCAACUUGCUAUCAGUGUUACAAAACGUGUCCAUUAUGAUCGUUUUGUUUUUCUGAGCAGUCGAAUGAUGAAACAUGGCAAAAAGACAGUUUUUUGCUGAACAUGUCCCAAUAUAGGAGUUUUGGGAACCAAGCUGGCUCAUUAGAUAUUGAUAAAUGAGUCCACAAGAUUUAAUGUUUCUGCAGUAAAUGAUACAUUUUGGGGUAUUCUCUUUCAUUACAUUAAGGUCAUUACACAACCAUGAAAAACAUUCAUUUAUGCUUGCUGGAGCUUUUAUACAGACAUGCUUUAUGUUUGGCCUGUCACAACUCAAGAUUACUUCAAGAAAAUUCUUCAUGCAUAACAUUUCUGAAAUUUUUUUUCUAUCGGACUGUGUGGCUGUAGCAGUUAAGGCUAACAUAUUAGCAUUAGGAAGCAAACUUCUCAAUUCUGCUAAUCUAGAGUAAUCUGUUCGGAACUCUGUACCCCUAGAAAAAAAAGUUGUGCCAAAUACAAGUCAUAUUAUAGAUCUUUUUCUGUAAGAAAGUAGAAAGCUAUAAAAUGAUCUUUAUAUUAAUUUAUUAUUAUAUGUAGAAUUUCCAUUAUUUUCAUUUUCUAAAAAGUUUUACAGAAAACAUUA